AUGAUCAACGUCUGUGAGCUGCUCGUCGCUGAGAUGGCCCCUUCGAUCAACAGAUUCAUCGAUCAGGACAUUGAGCUUGGUGCACUUAUGCCAGCCUACGUCGACUGCGAAGCUGCUGGCAUGCCCAUGGUUGUCCAGGGUCUCGGGCUCAUGCGUGACUUCAUCAACGCUCGUACCUACAACCAGCGCUACACACUCAUGCAGACUGUCAACUCUGACGACUGGAGACCCGAGCGCUCGGUCCGGGCCCGUUUCCCCCUUGGUGAUCUGCAGCUCUUCUACGACUAUCAUCACUGCGGUCUCACCCCUGAGGAUCUGAAGGAGUUGGUAAAUGAACCUGAUCCGCUCUGGGUCUCUCGCGUGCCCUUCCACGACGAUGGUGACAUCGGUCCCCAGUGGGCUUGGAGAAAGUUCAAUGCCCGGUCCGCCUUGUUUGGUGGUGAAUUCUACCAAACCGCCCAUGUCGCUCGCCCUUGGGGCUAUGUCUUCUGGGACCACCGCAUGCUGGAGGCCGGCGGCCUCAUACGCCUCAACGAGGACGCAACUCGCGAUCUCAUGCCUACUAUUGAUCCUAGACACAGCAUCUACACACUGUGGUGCCCCUUUCUCAUUUGGAGAACGGUGGAGGCCUGCCGAAAGAUUCGCCUCGCCUACUAUGUCAAGGCGGCUCUGCGGACAUGGGGUCGCACUGGGUGGUUCGACGCCGACAGAUUUCCUCCUGAUUAUCUGGUGAACCAGCUGAUGGGUCUUACCUGGGAGUCACUGACAGAGGACGAGGAAGAAGACAUGGCACUCAUGGCCUUGCUUACGUACGCCUAUGAGUAUAGCUUGCAUUACCCCCAGAUCUACCUCGUUGCUCCCAACGAGUAG